AUCUUCAUAUAAAUACGGUAACUGCAUAAGAACUUCAUGUAGAUAGUGCCCUCUCUCUUCAUCAUGAAGUGCGUGUUACUGUUGUCUAUCGUUGUAGCAGUUUGUACUGCAAGUGUUAUCAAGGACCAAGAGUACCGAGAAGGCGACAGAUACUUCCUUUUCCCCGGUGAUGGUGACGGCAUAGUCCACCUGGUGGAUGCCGAAGAACCCGCAGACUUGGAAUACAUUGAAGAAUACACAAGGAACCCUAACAACAAUGCUUACUGGCUAUUUACUAGAUCUAACCAAAACUCACACCAAGUCCUGAGGAAUGGAGACGCAAACUCCGUAAGGAACUCACACUUCAGUUUUUCGAAAGUCACUGUGUUCCUCGCUCACGGUUGGAACGGCAACGGUAGAAAUGAAAUGAACACUCUUCUCCGUCAAGCCUUCCUUCAAAACGGUGACGUCAACGUCAUUGUUGUCGACUGGAGCGAGCUCGCCAACAGAUCUUACAACACAGCUAAGGGCGGUACUGCUGAGGUCGGAAGAGGUCUUGGACGAUUCGUCAACUGGCUCGUUAGUUUGGGAAUGUCCUACGACAGAGUACAUUUAGUUGGCUUCAGUCUUGGUGGUCACUUGGUGGGCAAUGCUGGAAGGGAAACCAAUUCGCGAGUCCGAAGGAUUACAGCCUUGGACCCUGCUGGUCCUCUAUGGGGUAACGACCGCAAUCGCAUCGUGCGUUCAGACGGGCGCUACGUCGAAGUAAUUCACACUGAUACCUCUAUGCUUGGCUUCAACGACCCUUGCGGUGACGCUGACUUCUACCCCAAUGGUGGCAGCAACAUGCCUGGAUGCCUCGUCAACAGCUGCUCCCACGGUCGUGCUUACGAGUACAUGGCCAGUACUGUGAAGCACAACCAUCUGCGGGCGAACCAAUGCGCUGAUCUUAGGGAGGCUACUCGUGACAGGUGUACUGGAACCCUCUACCAUAUGGGUAACAGUGACCUGAACAAGUCGCGUACGGGUAUAUACAGAGUCAACACUGGCAGAAACUAUCCUUUCUAAUCGAAACCGAACGAAAAAUCUUUUGGAUAUAUGGAACCGAAAUUGA